AAGGCCGCACUAGCAUGUUAGCUGUGUUAGCUUGUGUUGAGACGACGGCGGUGCUUUGUUACGACGUUCGUGAGGUUUCUACAGAGAUGUAGCGAUACGUGGUUCGGUUCCGAACAAUCCUCUUUAGCUAAAGUGUCGUAAAUGAGUGAAUGCGUGUUGAACGUAAAGACAACGUGGCUGUGAUUGUGAGACUAGCAGAUGAUCGGAGCUGCUGCUGUUCAGAGGACUUUGGUGUUUGUUGGAGCUGAAGAUCUUUUGCAGCUGCAGGAACCAUGUCUUCACCUGCUCAGAAAGAGUCUGACAGAGAACAACUUUCUGCUGCUGAAGAAACCUUCAGACUCUGUGAAGGAACCAUCGUCCAGAAUGAGAAUGAGGAGCUCUGUCAUCAGCGCAGAUUGCUGGAUAUCACCAAGAACCCGCAGCUUCAGCUCCACCACAUAGUUCUCACCCAGGAUUAUGUGACUGAAGGUGAUCUCUGCAACCAGCAGAGGAACUUCAGAGAGGAACAAGAAGAACCAGAGCCACCACUGAUUAAAGUGGAACAGGAAGAACCAGACCCUCUACAGAUUAAAGAGGAACAGGAAGAACCAGAACCUCUACAAAUUAAAGAGGAACAGGAAGAACCAGAACCACUACGGAUGAAAGAGGAGCAAGAAGAACAAAAACUAUCGCAGAUUAAAGAGGAACAGGAAGAACCAGAAUCUUUACAGGUUAAGGAGGAACCAGAACCUCUACAGAUUAAAGAGGAAAAAGAGGAGCACUUCAUCAGUCUUGAUGAAGAGUGGUUUGAUCAGAAGGAGACUGAAACCUUGAUGGAGAUUCCUACUUUUGAGGAACAUGACAACAGUGAAGCAGAUCUAAACAAUCAGAGCCAGGAUGAUAGUCAGGAUGAAACUUCAACUACAGAUGAAGAGAUAGAACCACAGAGCAGUUUUGGUAAAUCAACAAGUCUUAAAUCAAAGAAGAAGAAAAAACAUGCAGGAGAGAAGCAUUUUCCUUGUAAAGAAUGUGGCAAAAUUUUUAGUCGUAUAGCUGACCUUAACAGACACAUAAGAAUCCACACAGGAGAAAAGCCCUUUUCUUGUAAAGAAUGUGAUAAAAGUUUUAGUGACGUGUAUUGUCUCAAAAAACACACAAAAAUCCACACAGGAGAAAAGCCUUUUACUUGUAAAGAAUGUGAAAGGAGUUUUAGUGAUAUUUCUAAUCUAAAAAAACACAUGAGAAUUCAUACAGGAGAGAAGCCUUUUUCGUGUAAAGAAUGUGACGCAAGUUUCAGUCAAACAUCUAAUCUCAAAUUACACAUGAGAACUCAUACAGGAGAGAAGCCUUUUUCUUGUAAAGAAUGUGAUAGAAGAUUUAGUCAAAUAUCUAAUCUCAAAUUACACAUGAGAACUCACACUGGAGAAAAGCCUUUUUCUUGUGAACAAUGUGAUAAAAGUUUUCGUUGUAUAUCUUAUCUCAAUUCACACAUGAGAGUUCACACAGGAGAGAAGCCCUUUUCUUGUAAAGAAUGUGACAAAAGUUUUGGAAAAAUGUCUAAUCUCAAUUCACACAUGAGAAUUCACACAGGUGAGAAGCCCUUUGUUUGUCAAGAAUGCCUUGUAUGUUUUAGUUGUAUAUCUUAUCUCAAAAAACAUAUGAGAACUCACACAGGAGAGAAGCUUUUUUUAUGUAAAGAAUGUGGCAAAGGCUUUGAUCAAGCAUCUUGCCUCAAAGCACACAUGAUAACUCACACAGGAGAGAACAUUUUUUUAUGUAAAGAAUGUGGCAAAAGUUUUGAUCAAAUAUCUUACCUCAAAGCACACAUGAUAACUCACACAGGAGACAAGCCCUUUACCUGUAAAGAAUGUAACAAAGGUUUUGGUGAAAUAAAAAAUCUCAAAAGACACAUGGAAAUUCAUACAAGAGGGAAACCUUAUUCUUGUAAAGAAUGCAAUAGACGUUUUAGUCAGAUGUGUAAUCUCAAAAAUCACAUGACCACUCAUACAGGAGAGAAGCCUUUUUCGUGUAAAGAAUGCGACAAAAGUUUUAGUCGAAAAGACAAUCUCGAAUCACACAUGAGAACUCAUACUGGAGAGAGGCCUUUUCCUUGUAAAGAUUGUGAUAAACGUUUUAGCCAUAUAUCUGAUCUCAAAAGACAUAUGAAAACUCACACAGGAGAGAAGCCUUUUUUGUGUAAUGUAUGUGAUAAAAGUUUUACUCUUAUGUCUAAUCUCAAAAAACACAUGAGCUCUCACAUAGAAGAGGAGCCCCUCUUCUCUUAAAGAAUGUGACCAAAGUUUUGAGUAAAUAUCUGGUCUAAAUUCACACAUGAGAACUCACAAGAGAUACAUACAUACAUGAAAUACAUGAAACUUUUACGUAAAAGAAGCAGGAAACUUUUACAGAGAACUUCUGUAGUAAAAUACAUUAAGGCUUUACAUAAGAAGAGGGAAAUAUUGUACAAAAAAGUAGAAUUUUCUUUUAUUAAUAGAUAAACUAUUUUUUUUUUUACAGAACUUGAGCCUAUGGCUUGAAAAUGUGUUUUUAUUUUGAUCAUUUAAUCUUAUCUGGGGGAAAAAAUGUGUUUAAAAUAUCAUGGAAAAUGUGUUGGUGUAUAAACUCCUGGGAUUCCAGCCCAAUCUAUAGAAAUUUGCAAAGGUUUAUCCAAGUUGUUAAAUGGUCUUAGUCUGAGUCAGUCAGUAGGAUAGAUUUCGAUUCACCUGCUGCCCUUUACUGAAAACAUUUGUGGAGAUUAAAAUUUGUAUUUUCAGCAGGACUUUACAAUUUCCCACACUUGUGAAGGCACCCAAAUCUAUUUCAGCGACUAUGAUGUUACUGCGUUUGAUCAACCACCAAAGUCCUCUGAUCUGAACCAAAUGAGACACCAGACCCAAUGAUGAAGAUGACCCAAGGUCAGCAGUAGACAGACUCUGAGCUUUCAUUCCAUGUACACAGAGUUACAGACUGAUGGCCUCCAUACCACAUUGAUGGAUUCAAUGAAAAGAAGGAAUAAGUGAUUAUUGAAUGCAGAGAAAAGAACAGUUUUCUGUAGUUUGGUGUGUCUUUAAAAAAGAGCCAGUUCUCUAAGAAAACCUGGAAUGCCCAUCGCUAGCCCCGCCCCCUCCAGUCAGAAUCUUUGCAAUUGUGGAAGAGAAAGAAACUGCUGGAGGCAUUAAAUGGUUCUGUGUGCUUUAGAAAGACUUAGUUCCAGAUUGAACACAGAUGUAGGUGUAACAGUUGUUUCCACAUCUCUCUGAUCGGUGGUAUAGACCAGUGUUUUUCAACCUUUUUUGAGCCAAGGUACACUUUAUCCAUGAAAAAAAUCCCGCG